ACCACGCACUGGCAGCGCUUUGCAGGCAGCGUGUGACAGCUGAGAGGUGGCAGCGUGUGUGGGACACCCCAACAGGGACUGCAAUUGCAGCUGCAUGCAUGGCAGCCCACGGCAGAUCCCCAAAGACACCACGCCUUGGGGACCACAAUUGCAACAUCAGGAGGUGACGUCAUGUCACUUCUUGUCCCCAUGGGAAACUGAAAGCAUCUCUCCAGCCACUCCCUGUCCCAGCUGCAGUCUCGCUGUCCCCAAGCUGCUCCUGCCUCAUGGCACCAAUGGCGCUGGCCCUCAUCCUGGGUUGGUGGCUGGUGGCUGCGAGCAGAGCACAGCAACUGCCCCCACCCUCCCUGUCGCUGCACCCCAGCCAGGGGGUGUCCCUGGGGGACACUGUCACCCUGCGCUGCCACCUGCCCCAGCUGGCUGCACGAGUUGAACUCUGCCAGGAAGGAUAUAGGGGAACUGAAAUGUGCAAGGACAUGGACGUGCUUCAGGACACAGCUGAGUUCUCCUUGGUUAAUGUACGGAGGAAGGAUGCAGUGAAGUACUGGUGUCAGUACAGGGUGUUCCAGCCACCAGGGACAUCGAAGAAGAGUGACCCCGUGGAGCUGCUGGUGACAGAUCACAGUUAUCCCCCACCUGGCAUUUCCCUGAUACCCAAAGAAAGUGUGGAGUUGGGGACCAAUGUCACCAUCCAGUGCUGGAACCAGGAAUACGGGGGCAUCAUCUUCCUGCACAAGGCUGGGCACUCAGCCCCUAUCCAGCACCAGGUCCCUGAUGGUGGGGGCACGGCCACCUUCACCAUCUUUGGGGUGACCCCAUCCGACUCUGGCACCUACAGGUGCUCCUACCGCAUUGGGGGCUCCAGCCUUCUAUUGUCACCCCUUGGGGAUAAUGUGACCCUGGAAGUAAUUAGCAGACCUGUAAGCCCAGGUGACAAUGGAAGGCCCCAUGGGAACCUGGUGGCAGCAGUGGCGGGGGGCUGUGCUGCUGCCAUUGCCUUCAUCCUUGUGGUUAUUGUCUCCUUUCUCCUUGCUGCCCACAGACGACAGAUACGAAGAGAUGAGAACCCUGGUGCCACUACCAGAAGCCCCAAGGCCGUGCAGUUCCAGGUGUCCCCCGCUGACAGCCAGGCUCUGACCUACGCCCAGCUGCAAGUUCUGACCCCCAGCACCCACCCCCCCGGCUCUUCUACCACCCCUGAGCCCUCCGUUAUCUACGCCCAGGUGGGCACUGGGGGACCCCGCUGAUGCCCCCACCUGCGGGCACAAAGACGUGGAUGUCGUGUGCACACACCAAGUGUGCGCGGUGCCGCUGUGCUCCGUGUGCUCACCAUCACCUGUGACUUACAUCCCUGUACCUGUGCACGUGAACACGUGGCUGUGGAUUAAACGUGUGUGCACCACCCCGUGUGCACAACAGGUGUGCAAACACACGUGUGGGACACGCUGAACUCUG